AUGGUUGAAAUCUCAUGUGCCAACGAUACAGACACCACGGAAUCCAAGGCCAAGGAUACCCAGUAUGAGCCUGUGGGCACCCUCUGUGAUUUCCGGUCUCUCUACCAGGCAAAGCGCGACGCAUAUGGCGCACGGUCAUGGGUCAAAGAACUACCCUCCGACUUGCCUGAGCCUGUUGAGGAUGAAGAAUCGGCACAAUAUGCGCUUCUUGUGAGAAAACAGAAGUGCUAUGAUGGACGCAGAAACCUGUCUAUUCAUUCCAUCGUAGUGCAAAGCGAACGUCUCAAGGAGUUCUUGAAACGGGCACUGAGCAACUAUCCUGGUGUCACACCAGACUUGCAGCGCCUCGAGUUCAGAUCGCCUUUCCCGGCUUUUGUGCAUCGAUGGGACGCAAUCACUAAACUCCGAGAUGAAGAGCAGGAUCCAACAACUAAGGAUCAUGUGGAACUGUUCUACCACAUCAUGGAAGAGGAGCUCAGGGAGGUGAUAAAUCGCAAGAACGACUUGGUUGCCAAAGGAGUCAUCACUCACGACUUGGCUUGGAUGAUCCUGGAACCUCAAGAUGUGGUCCUUUCCUCGGGGGAUGGAACGCUACGUGCGUAUUCGCUCACGCGCGAAUCGGAUGAUAGAACACCGGGAAGUGAUUAUUUCACUGUCGAAUAUGUUGCGUUUGACGGGAAAAUUUUCGGAUACAAUUCCAUGGGGAUCAUGAUACCCAAGUUUGCGGGCACUCGACCAAUUAUCUCACUACCAGUCUUCCCACUCAAGUACCACCCAGAAAAAGACAUCAUCCGAGAAUUGUUGACAACACGGGGCAAGAAGUGGGAAGAGUACAAGGGGUACCAUUUCAAAUCAUAUGAAGAGGCUUCGACCAGCACAAGCUCUGAAAGGCAGGACAGCAAUUUGAGUGGGACCAAGCACUCUGUCAAGGGCCGCGUCAUCAUCGACAUCGAGGCAUACAAGCUUUUUGGGCGCGAGCACGGGUCUGUGAACGUCGAAAACGAAAUUGGUGGAGAACUGAACAAUUCUCAGCGCCUUAUUGCGACUCCAAUGCUCUACGGAUAUUCUUUAAACGACAAGAAAUGGGGUUCGUUCCACGUAGACGAGUUAAAAGAUAUUGAAUGGGAUGAGCAGGCCUUUGAUUCACUUGUCCUACCACGGGAGCAGCAGGGGCUCAAGGAAGUGAUCUUGGCCGUUGCAAAAGCUCAAUCCAAGAAAGUGGAUGGAUUUGAUGAUGUCGUUCGGGGAAAAGGCCGAGGUUUCAUUAUGCAGCUCAGUGGCCCUCCAGGAGUCGGAAAGACUCUUACUGCGGAGAGUGUUGCCGAGGUCAUGAAAGUGCCUCUUUAUGUCAUAUGCGCGGGCGACCUUGGAGUUGACGCUAGAGGGUUUGAGAGCAAAUUGAAAGACAUCCUGCGGGUAGUUCCUAAAUGGGGAGCCCUUCUAUUGCUUGAUGAGGCUGAUGUCUUCAUGGAAUCCCGUGAUUCAGCCAAUCUCGCUCGCAAUGAACUUGUCUCCGUCUUUUUGAGGAUGCUUGAAUACUACGAGGGUAUUCUUUUCUUGACCACCAAUCGUACACAGAAUAUCGAUCCUGCCUUUGAGUCUCGGAUCCACCUUUCUCUCACCUACAAGGACCUUGAUAUGGAAUCCAGGCGCCGGGUUUGGAUACAGUUCCUCAACCGCUCAUCUAACACUGCGGAUUUUACGGAUGAGCAACUCAACCAGGUAGCCGAGUUGCAACUGAACGGUCGCCAGAUCAAGAAUGUCAUCAAGACUGCCGGUCUCCUAGCUUGGUGCAAGGAACGUGAGCUUCGAUAUGAAGAUCUGGAGAUGGUGCUUACUUUGAGAAGUUUGCGGAUGUAA